UAGUGCUGAAGUUGUGUUUGAGCAACAAGCUUGCGACUUGUGUUUGAGCAAAAGUCCUUUUUAGUUGUAAUAUUUGACAUAAAAGGUACACACGACUGAUUUAAAUAAUGAAAGUGUUUACUUGACCUUUGCUUGGACCCCCGUGACUCACUGCAGCUCCAGUGAAGGUGAGUAGAGGCAGCAGGCUGACAUUUUCUCCAAGCAGUAUGAUGUGUGGACUUACAAGGUAAAGGCAUAACAACUGCUUUUACCUUUGAAAAAAACACACAACUGAUGAUGCUUUUGGUAUCAUAAAAUGACAAUACAACCUCACAAAAAUAUAUUAAAAGGAAAUCAAGAUAACAAGGGACAAAACUAAAUGUAUUAGAUCCUUUCAGUAAUUCAAAUUACAAGGUUGACAGUGUGGAUUCAUAGAAAGAAACAGAACAAACUUAACAUGCCGAGUAUAUUUAGUAUUCUAUAUAGUCUCACUCCUCACUGUAGCAGAUUUGUUUUUAAUUCAAUGAUCUGUUGUGCUACUUUGCAAUAGUUUGUGGCAUUAACUUCUAGUCUAUUUUUGUAGAGGAAACUUGCAUUGUGAUUACUAUCGUGUCUCCUUUUACCUUUGUUAACUUUCGAGCGGGGUUUACGUUAAGGUGCCAUGUCAAAGGACUCCUUUCCAUUCACUUCUACCUCGCUGCGAUCCCUGAGGCUGGAGCAGGAGCUUCAGGAGUGGGAGGAUGCUCGGCGAGCGUUGGCUAAUAGGAGAGCCAUGACCAGGGCCAUGCUGCCCAGGGCCCCCAGGCCUCCUCCCAGGCAGCAGCGGCUCCAGGAGGUCCGGGCCCCUCGUGCCCAGAUCCGGUGCAGAGACACGGCCGUCCACAACACCUUCAUGUGUGGGGACAUGAAAGGCGUGUAUGCGGUGCUGAAGGAUGCUGCGAUGGUCAACGCCCUGAUGGAGACGGUGCAUGAAGACAUGUUGUGGGCUCCAGAGAUGGGCAUGUGGACGCUGAGCUCCAAGGUGAAGCAGACCUCACCAUUACGCCUGGCUGCCAGCAGAGGACACUCAGGAUGUGUGGAGGAGCUGUUGUUUCGUGGGGCCGAGGUAAACGAUGACCCCGGGGGGAGCACGGCCCUCCAUGACGCCUGUGUGGGCGGCCAUGAUUUGUGUGUCCAGCUGCUGCUCUCUCAUGGAGCUGAUCCUGAAGUGCUGGCAGCAGACGGCAGUGCUCCGCUUCACCUGAGCUGCACCUCCGCACAGUCACUGCGGUGUGCUGAGUUGCUGAUAGAGGGAGGAGCAGAGGUCAGUGUGAGGCUGAAGGCAUCAAGGAUCACACCUCUGCACCUGGCUGCCCGGCGAGGCCUGGAGCAGCAUGUGGAGCUGCUCCUUGGCCACGGAGCAGAUGUGUUGGCCACAAAUCAGGAGGGGGAGACACCACUGAACGCUGCCUGCUCCGGCGCCGAGAGACCCUCUGAGGCCGGACGCUAUCUACGAGUGAUCCAAAAGCUGCUGGCUGCAGGAGCUGAUCCCAGAACUGCAGGCAGAAAGCAGCACACACCCCUACACAAUGCCUGUGCAAACUGCACCCCCCGGAUUGUGGACGUCCUCCUGCAGCAUGGAGCCCCGGCAGAUGUUGCAAACUGUGCAGGAUACACACCGAUGGACUGCCUGAUGCAGGCGGUUGAAGAUUACCCCAGCCACCAACCAGAAGCAAUAGCACGGUCACUUCUGAACCAUGGAGUUCAGCCUGUCUCACCAAAGAUGUUGAAACAGUGUGUCCUCUCCCCUGCCACUCUGGAGGUGAUGCUGAACUCGUACACAUUAAUCCCACGCUGUGAGUGGAUGGAUUCUCUGUCCGCGGAGAUAUAUGAGGAGCACAAAUCUUUCUUCGACUCGGUGCGUCAGCGGACUGGGCAGCCUCGCUCUCUGCAGCAUCUCUGUCGGUAUGCUUUACGCCUGCGCCUCGGAGCCCGGUGUUUCACAGCGGUCAGUGAACUGCACAUUCCCAGCUCUGUGAAGGACUAUCUGCUGCUGCAUAACGACGGGAUGCUCCAGUGACUUUGUAUGAUAAACUAUUUGGAAACAACAUUUAUUUGAAAUAACAAGAACUUGUUUCUGUUACUCUUUUUUUUGGGUCAAUCUUCUUUUUGUCAAAUUGAAAUACCUUUCAGGUUGAGUUUCCGUUACACUUUUUUUUUGACCUCCUGUUUAAGUAUUUACUUUUUAUAUAUUUAUAUUGUGUAUAUUGGUUAUGACUAUUGUUUUAACAAUAAUUUCAACAAUAAACUGAUUGCACAAAACAUGUGAAAUGAAAGUACUGUUGUGAUGUGCAUCAAAAAUAAGCUUACAUGCAUAGCGUUUAAAUUAAAUCAUAUAUAUGAGCAUUAUUCACCACUACCAAUAAAACUACUUUACUGAAAACAUUAGUAAUAACAUGCUUUUGUUAUUUUUAGCAUUUUAUAUUAAAACUUGAUACACAUGGACAGUAUGCAAAUAGACAAAUGCUACUUAAAUGUGUACUUGCUGCACUACCUCUAUUGAUUUUAUAGCAAGUAUAACUUGUAACAUACUAAAUUAGCAUUUAAAAAAUGUUUCAUAACAUAUUGUAAUAGAUUAAAUAACAAAUAUUAAACAAAAUAAUAAAAAUAAGC